AUGAGCUGUGUUUUUUGUCAUAAUGUAAUACAGAAAGCCAAUAACCGCCUACUUGUCGAUGGAAAGGCAAAAUUUGAUAUACGGACAUCUCUAUCGAAGCUUCCUUUCAACAUAGAAAUUGAUUCAAUUUACAUCUGUAGACCGUGCUUGGAUAAACUCAAGAAGCUAGAAAAUCUGAACAGGCAAUUGAAUGAACAUUUAGAAAAUUUAGAGAAUAUCUACAAAUCUAGAGAAAACUGCGCGAAAAAUAGGGAAGAAACGGAGCUCUCGGUUGAAUCACUUCAGCGUGCAGAUGCGGCAAAGAGACCGCGUGUAGAGCCUAUAUUCUUAAUACCACCUUUGUCACCAGUUUCAGGGAAAGCAGACUGUUCAUCAAGAGAUAUCCUACAGUCGACUUCGUUAUAUAUUGCUCAUUCUACACCAAAAAAAGUUCCAUCCAACAGCGCAGCCACAACCAGUAGUGAUACGCUAACCCCAGUCGAGGUUUCAGCUGAGACAAGUACAAGUACAUCCACUGUUGUCACCGUUAAUAUACAAUAUCCUAGCCAAACAAGGGGAAGAAAUUUACCAAAUGAUCUGCAAUCCCUAGGUAAAAUGCUAGUGCGUGGAACAUAUAAGCAAAUCGCUAAUGCUGCUUGGAAUAACCUUAAUCUUCGCAAGCAACUACAAAUUCUGGCAGUGAAGCAUGUUGAUAAUGAAUGCCAUAGUUUAUGCUCCAAGAAGAAACCAAGUUGUUUGCGCUCUCCAAAUAAAAAUCAACUGCUCGACUUUUCGUUUGAAAAGCUUGAAAAAGAACUGGAGCAAAGAGCUCCCUUUACCCAUGCAAUUUUGCGUACAUCUUGUGUAAACAAUAGAAACUGCAAUAAAAGAAGUGAAUGGGUCCCCUCUCUUGGCAUGGCUGCUGCAGUAAUCUUGAGAAAUAAGUCGUCGCAACUGAAUGCUGUGCAACUACUCUUGAGUAUCUUCUUAUAUCAUUCUAGUUGGUCGGUAUGUAUUAAUUUGUGUAUUAAUAAACCCCUUUUUGGCUUUUUCCAAAUCAGGCCCUCUCAAAUACUCCUUAAUAAGCCUAUAUUAAUUAAAAUACAUUUCAAAUUUUCAAUGCACCCUACGUUAGUGUUUUCAUUUUAAUUACGACAGAUGAUUUUACUGGACAGAAAAGGCUCACAUUAUGCUAACAUUAUGCUGGAAGGCCAUUUUACUCUGCUUCUUACCGGUCUGUUAUAUUUCACCUAAAUCAAUAAGCUAACCUACCCCUCUUAUCGGCUUUCACGUGACGUCACUUGAGUUGAACAUGACGUCUUAUUGGGUAUCACAUUGGUUUAUUUUAGCUGUUUGCAGCGAGUUUAAUAUUUUCUGUGUAAUGUUUUGAAAAUUUAGUUUCCUGUAGUAUGAAUAGUUUUACAGUAUCUACCGUAAUAUCACAAAGACUAAAGAAAAAAAUGUAUGGUUGCCUGGUGUUUUUGAAAAAUAAACCAAGAUGGUAUCAAUUGCAAAUUAAUCAGCAAUUGAUUGAAUAUACUACGUAGCCUGUGCCAUGAUUGUAAAUUUAGCCUAUUCAAACAUGUCUGAAAUUUUAUAUUAUUUACAAUAGCCAAUGAUGCGUAGAUUAAAGUCGUUACGAUUGGUUGUGUCACAUAAUCAGCUUUAUCGAAAGCUGGAGGAAUAUGGCGAGGGUCAUGAUAAAUCAGUGAAGUCCAUGAUGCAGAAAGAACGUGAGUGGAUGGAAUCACAACAACCAACAUCUGCUAUUGAUGACGAAGAGUCUGAAAAAUCUCAAUCCAGUGAUGACUCUUGUACUGAAAUUGACCAAAUGCCUGAGUUAAGACAUGGUCCACUUCCUUCUCAUCCUGUUGGUCAAAAGAUCACCAUCGACAACAUCGAUUAUCGGCAGCAAGUCCAUUAUAUGACGCAAGAGCAUCAAACCGAAGAUAAACAUUUCUUAACAGUUUGUGCUACAAGGAAUCGAGUAAAUGGUAAUCAUUUAAGCCACUUGCAGCAGGGUGAUCUAUUGAAUAAUAUGGAAAAUGGAAAAUGUAUUCCAACUCAUAUGGAACAAAUUUCCCAACGAGAUAACUAUAUUCAAAUUGUAGAACGAGUUCUUUCUCAGAACAUACCUUGUUUAGAGCCAUUUAAGGAUGUCGCUGUGAAUCAUAUCCCACAUAUGUAUAGCAAGGAGACAAGAGAACCAACUGAAUCUGUAAGUAUUGAUGCAUGCUAAACACAAGGCAGCGUGUUUGCACUUUUUUAGCAAAAUUGAAAUUUUCAUGCUCAAAUUAGCUUGUGAGUCGACUACUUAACUGUAAUAUCUAUUUGCAGAAUAAGAUUCCUCUCAUUAUGCUUUCAAAACUCUAUAAACACUUGUAAAAUAUUUCUGUUAUUUUGCACAUGGAUAAAAUAGAUAAAAUGGGUAAAACUAUUUCAGAAAAUCAUACGAGAACAUUAAUUUGACGUAUUAACAUUGCAAUUGAUGUAAUUGUGUAUUCUAAAUGUCCAUGCAGAAUGAAAUUGAUCAUGAUCAGACAUUCAGUGUUUUCUUUCGGAAAAUACCCAAUUGCCGACCGUUAUAAUCCACACUGAAUUCCAUAACUGGCAAUAUAUGUGAAUAUACCCCAUCAUAGUUUACCAUGUCUCAGAGGCACAGCAGAUUAUAUUCAUGCUGUUUUCUUUUCCACACAGACAUUUCUUGGAGUUAUAUACCAUAACGAAAAUGAUGCUGAAGGAAUUACAUCGAUUCUGAAAGAGCUGCAUGGAUAUGUUCCAUAUGUUGGUAAAGGUCGCAAUCGUGAGUAUGCAGAUCAAGCCAUUGUAGGUGACCAACUUACUGUAGAGAGAGGGGUUAAUGCACACAACACACUCAGCAAUGGAUUCACUCCCAAGGAGAGGUUGGAGGGUUUGCACUUUGAAUUUGCAGAUUGGCAUGGUGUGAAUAAAGCCUUGGAUGUAAGUAAAUUUGGCGCUCUAUUUAUUUAUGUAAAUACUGUAUGAAUAAUGUGCAGUAGUGCCAACAAUUGCCAAGCUGUCAAUGUCGAGAUGAAACUAUACAAAAAGGUAAAAAGAUAAUUCAGGCAAAGACCUUUAUUCUGAAAGGUUUUAGGCUGAAGACCAUCAACCUAAACGUUUUCCCAUGUUUUCCUUAAUACUCUGUAGUAACGUGCAAUUUUCAGUCAUGGGAUUUGACAAAAAUGUUCCUAAAGGAGAUAUUAUAUUAUGCAAUUUGUCUUGCAAUUUUGUUGCGACUUGCAUUUUCUCUGCAACCUUUUUGUGCGGAAAUAUAAGCAGGCUCUACAGAUAUUGUUGACACUACAUGUAGGCCCAUCGCUAGUGCUGUGCACUGGAGUGCAAGCAGGCACGGAUUUUCUGGGGGUCAGGGGGGGGGGUGUGCACCCCCCAGAAAUUAUUUGCACCCCCCCCAGAGGCAUUUGGCACCGCCCCCAAAAGUUUUUGCACCCAUGCAAAUUAUAUAUAUUUUGAUUUGAUAGUUUCAUAUUUGAUUAUUCUUACUACAAAAUUUGUAAAAUUACCAAUAUUAUGGUCUCAAUCUCGCCAUGCAGGCCUAGAAACAAAUUUCGUUAAACUUUUUCCUUGGCCUUUCCGGGCGUUGCCACCACGCCCCAGCCAAAGCAAGCAGCCGGACUCCCCCCCCCCCGAUAUUUAUCCAAAUAUUUAUCCGAUAUGUAUCCACGAAAAUAUGAAAAUCCGUCUCUGAGUGCAAAAGGCAUUUUUGUCAGUGUUUUUUUGGCAGACUUGCUAAAAAUAAAAAAUAGCAAUUUUGUUCAAGUACACAAAUAUCGGCAAAGUUUUGGUCACAAUAAUGACCGAAUUCAUAACUAUGUGUACAAGGUUAAAUGACAAAAAAAAAUACCCACUUAGAGUUUGUUUCAAGUUGUUAACCAACAGGCCGUAACCGAAGUUCAGUUUUGUAAAACAGCUGGAACAGGAGCCGGAGUUAAACCAGAGUUUGCACACCACUACCCAUCACCAUGAAUACAUUAUGAUUAUAAUUUGUUAUAGUUCACACUGCUAAAUUUUAAUUUUACAGGUAGCAUUCUCCAAAUUGUACAGCACUGCUUCCUCGAGUGACAAGUGUACAUUAUAUAGUGACAGAAACUUGAUAAACCGUAGAAAUGUCAAGGCUGAUGUUGAGUCUAAUGUCAAUGCAUGUCGCAGAUUUUUUUCAAUGGAAGUUGAAGCAAGAUUGGUCGCUGCUGGGUUAAUAGAACUGGGUAUUGAUGAUAUCAACGAUACACCUGAUAAUUCCAAUUUGCCUGAUACCCAGUCCUGGUCCAGGGGAGAGAAGAAAAAUUAUCUAAGAAAGCUUGCAACAACUAUUGUAGACAGUUACGUUCUUGACAAAGAAAAACAUGACAACUUUGUCAAAGCAUGCAGUCAAUUGGAAAUUAAAGCGAAUGAGCAAAGAACGUACAUCACUGAUGAUGGUAGAUACAUCUGUCGUUUCCCAGGAUGCAAAUAUACUUUUGCUAAGGAUGGACAGCAUCGGCGAAAUCACGAAUUGAAGCAUGACCCGCCUGUCGAAAUUCCUGACGAAGAUGUGCGAUCUGAUUUAUUUUUUGAAGACAAACCUGAAGAAGUUGAUGACAUGUUCAACUAUCAAAAAGCACUUAUGGAGUAUGGGAUGAUUAUUGCAAAUUUACAGGAUGCUAUUAGUGAAGGUAUUAAGCAUUCUCAGAAUCAAGCCAAUAAACAGCUAGACAUACAGUAGACUUGGUUCAAGUCCGCGUCUCUAAAAGGAACGAAAACACCAAAACAGUGGUACAAACGAGCCGAGAAAUUCCUCUUUACAGUAUAUCUCAAUUUCAUGCCUUUUCUCUCUUCAGGCUUGCGCUGAUAUUUUCAACCCUUUACGAGAUGGACUUAAACCAAGGCUACAUAUGACACUCUGACUCGUGAGAGCACAACCUUUUUAUUUAUAGUGUUUUUUUUUAAAUUUAAUUGGUAACUGGUAUCUUUACUAUCUUACCCAUAAUGUAGGUGCUAUUUGAACUGAUAUGAUGCAUAUGAAUGUUAAUACCUUUUUGCCGCAUGCCCAUGGGCCCUAAUGUCAUCCAUACUUUAUUAUUUUAUCCUACCUGGCUGGUAGUAUUGCUUUUUAAUGAUAAUUUUUUGACAAUUUAUCAAUAAUAAUUUCUGUAUCCUCACUAGGUGAUGGGCAGAGAAUUUUAAGAUGCUGGAAGUUUCUUCUCCUGUAUUUCAAACAUGAUAAUGGUAGUGUAAAGUAUUCACUCGAAGUACUCUACAUGAUGUUUCAGAUUUAUGCCUUGCUAUCCCCCCGCUCUGCCCACCAGCUUAUUUGGAACAGGUUUGUAAAAACAAAGAAGGGGUCUGGUGGUAACAUUUCUCUUGAUUUGAAUCUGGAAUUCUUAAACAGAGUUGUAAAAGAGGCCAUUAAAAAACUUGGCCCAAAUGCAAGCAAAAGGUCAAUUGACAGGAUUUGUCAUAGCAUGUCAGUAACCAAGGCACUAAUGGAGAACUUUGAUACUGCUGUAAAAAUGUACAAAACCUCUGGAAAACAUGUGCCACGACCUGUAAGUAAAGACUUGCAAACAAUUGUCAAGGAACUUUUACAUCAAAAGGCACUUGUGAAAAUGUCAGGACGAUCCUAUCGCUAUUAUGGAGGAUGCAAAGCCAGCUUGUUGGCUGGAUUUGACUUACAAAAUAUGUACAACUGGAUAAACCAGCACAAGAAACAAAUUUUGUUGCGUAGCGUGCUCGUUAAUAAUCAUGGUAGAACUUGA